AUGCACAUUAAGCAAAUAAGGCUAAAAAACUUCAGAAGCUUUAGAGAUGAGGUAGUGGUUCCACUAUCAGAGCACACCAAUAUCAUUGUCGGGCGGAACGGGAGUGGAAAAAGCAGUAUUGUUUCUGCGGUCCACUUUGUACUCUGUGGAGAAAAGCACAGUUGUGAGUCGAGGACGGGACUUAUCCACGAAGGAAGUAGGGCUAUGGAGGAAGAGGGCAGCGUUGAGAUAGUGUUUUGCGAUGGACUGCAGGAGGCUGGGAGCGGGAGAGAAUUUUCUGUCAAGAGGACUGUAAGUGUUAAGAAAGAUGAGUACAUGGUGGACAAUAGAAUUGUAUCGAGGGACGAGCUAGUAGGGUUACUUCAAACCAAUGGAUUUGCAGUUGGCAGUCCAUACUUCGUUGUCUUGCAGGAAGAAGUAUCUGAGCUUGCUGUUGUUGAUGACAGGAGGAGAUACGAGUUGAUGAAGAACGUUGCCGGUGUGUCUGGGUAUGAAAAGGAUAGGGAAAGUAGUAUGUCUAUACUUGAGGAAACUAAGCAGAGCGAAAAGAAGAUCGAGUUACUAUUGGAGAGGGUUGAGGAUAAGCUAAGAGGACUUGAAAGUGAUAAGAAGGAAGCAGAAUUGUGUGAGGAGUUGGAAAAGGAGAAGCGGAGGCUUGAGUAUGGAUAUAUUGAGAGGGAGGUCAGGGAGAUUAAUGGGGAGAUUUUUAGGAUUGAGGAGCUUGUAUCUAGCGACCCUGAGGAAGUCUCAGAGGAGAGUGGAGAUUUCGGAUGUGAGAUUGGCGAAAUAGAGAACAAACUAACAAACCUUAUUAACAGAAGAAAGGAGCUGCAUGUCAAUGAAAAGUAUAAAGAUAAGGAGCCUGAAAUUAAAGAUGAGAUGAAAAAGAUUGAAAAGAAAAGAAGUGAUUUGCAGGAUACCCAGAAGGUUGAGAGAGAGCGUCUUGUGAAGCUUAGGGAUGAGGAGCGGGAGAAUUUUGUAAGAUCCGGCUAUAUAAAGUAUCUAACGGGAUUCCUAGAGACGUUGGGGAGUAGAAAUAUAAAGGCUGGAGAAAUAGAAACAGCAAAGAGCAUUUUGAAGGAAAAACUGGAAAAGCUGAGAGCGCUCAAUAGUUCUGGAAGACAUGAGGCCGAAAAUGCCGAAGAAACAAGAGAUCUUGAAGAGUUAAUUGAAAGAAGAAAACAUCUCUGGAGAGAAGAGAAGAGACUGAGGCUUUUAGAUGCAUCGAUAGAAGAAAUGGUCAAGUCUCAAGAAAACAGAUUGAUGGCUAUGGGGAAUAUUGGGUUGGAUGUGCAUAGCCAAAUCAAAUGCGAAGAGGGGGUGCUAGGAUACGUAUAUGACCUGAUAAGCGUACCUAAUGAGUUAGUUAAUGCAUUUGAAGCGGUUGUGGGAAAUGCCUUAUUCAAUAUAGUUGUCUCGAAUGAAGAGGUGGCAUCGAAGGUACUUAAGAAGAUGAAGGAUUUGAGGUUCCGGAUAACACUUAUGCCACUUAGUAGAAUCAAGUACAGGGAGUCCGAGGAAGUAAAGGAUCCGGAUGUUAUUUCGCUGACAUCACAACUAAGGUGUGGCCAACAGUAUAAAGCUCUUCUCAGAUGCGUUGUAAAGGAUUUCUAUCUUUGCUCUGACCUGAAACAGGCACUUUAUUCGUCGAAGAAGUAUGAGAUCAAUACAGUUACUCUUUCUGGAGAGAUAGUAACUAGGGAUGGGCCGAUUUCUGGGGGAUAUGAGAAGAGAAACGCGGUUUUCCAGGAGUAUAAAAAGAUCAGUAGGGAGGCAAGGAAAGUAAAAGGCGAGAUAAGUAGGGUGCAGCAUGAGCUUGGAAAAAUAGGCAAGGAGAUUGAAGAAGCGAAAAUGAGCAGGGAGAAGGGAAGCGAUGGAUCCAGAUAUAACGAAAGUCUAAAGUCGGUUGUUUUGUUUCUUCAGGAGAAGAUAAGGAUACUGGAGGAAGCUAGCAAGGGAAACCUUGACAUUAACAAAAUUAGUGUAAAGCUCCGAAGAUUAAGAGAAGAGGAGAAAGAUCUCCGGCUCAAAAGCAUCUGGACUGGAAACGAGAUCAGGAAGGUUGAGAUAAGAGUAGGAGAAGCAGAAAUUGGAAUUAAAAAGCUGAAUGAUAGUAGCAGGCGCCUUGAGUCGGAGUUGGAAAAGUCCAAAAUGUAUGGGGAGGCGAUGGAGAUUGAGGCAAAGAUUUUGGAGCUUAAGGAUAAGAAAAGAGCUGCAAGGGAGAUGAUGUUUAAUGAGGAAAACGCGGGAUUAUUUGCAAAGCCCAAGAAGAUAAAUAUCGAGAUGGAAAAGCUGGUGAGAAGGAAGCAUAUGCUGAUAAACAAAAGAAGCGAGCUUUGCGAAAGAAUAGGGGUUUCGGAUUUCAGAAACCUAGAGAGACUGUAUCCUGACAAAAAGAAAGAGGAGAUAAUGAACGAGAUGGCCAGAAUUAAUGAAAGAACCAGAGGGCUUUCGGUGGUUAAUCGGGCGGCAAUAUCCCAGUGGGAGAACUAUAUGGAACAAAGAGAUUCCAUGAAGAGGAGAUUGGAGGAUUUGAAGUGCGAUAAAAGACGAAUACUUGAUUUUAUAGCAGAGCUAGACUCUAAGAAAGAAGAUACAAUGAAAAAUGCCAUAUCCUUAGUAAAAGAGGGGUUUUCUGAGCUCUAUUCAAGGCUUACGGAUGGUGGUACGGCGGAGCUCUAUUCAUAUGAGAAUGGAAUAGGGAUCAAGAUUGGAGAAAAUAUCAGUGCAAAUCUUCUCAGCGGCGGUCAAAAGGCUGUGGUAGCUUUGUGCCUGAUAUUUAGUAUGCAAAGGGUAAGUCCAUCUCCAUUGUACGUACUUGACGAGAUUGAUGCCAAUCUGGAUGUCCAGAGCAGAGAAAGGGUUUCUAUGCUGAUAAAGGAGAUGAGCACGAGCUGCGGAAAUCAGUUUAUAAUAACAACCUUUAGAAAAGAACUGCUGAGCUGCGGAAGCAAAUACCUCAGCGUCGAGUUUGAGGAAAAAAGAAGCCGUGUCAAGGAGAUAGAAAUGGUUACAGCUUACAGGUUUCUUGAUGAGGAUGCAGGCGAAAGCUAA